GAAAAAAUCAAUUAGAUGACGGCAGUUGCUGCCUUCGUCUAACAGCAAGCUUCAAAGGUUAAUAAUAAAUAAAGUAUAUGGUACAUUUGUAAAAGGUAAGCUGCCAAUUAAACGUUAUUUAAUAUUUACGUACAUGCAUACAAACGUACAUGUGUAUGUAUAUACUUGCUUCCAUAAAUCGAACACUCUCCACUUUAUAUAUUACAACAAAAUAUCGUUUGAGCUCAGUUCACCUAUGACAACGUAACGUUUACAACUACUAAUCAAUAUACUUAAGUAUAUAGUACAUAUAUGCAUAUGUACAUAUAUACCUACAUAUAUACAAUAUCAUAUUCGCAACGACAUUUCAUGGCACUAAAUGAUUUGAGAAUUCGUACCAAGGAUGGCGAAGUUCUCGGUACUCGUGACAUAUUAUUUGAGAAAUCACACGUAGUUCAAGAAGCGAAAAAAGUGACGGAUCAAGAAGGUUGCAUAUCAUUAAAUAAAAUUACAUCAAACAUUUUGCGUCGUAUUAUCAUAUGGGCAGAAAAAUGUGAGGAUGCGUCUUAUGAAUUAGACAAUAACAACAUGGAAAAAUGGAAAGACGAAUUCUUAGAUGUCGACAAUGAAACAUUAUUCCAAAUAAUUAGUGCUGCUGAUGACUUGCAUCAAAAGGAUCUCGUCAAUAGGGCUAUAACUAAAGUAGCUAGAGAAAUCAGUGACAAAUCAGCACCGGAAAUAGCGAAAUAUUUUAAUUUACGUUCAAAAAAUGUACAUUUGUGAGACUUUAUACAUUCGGAAAUGAAAUAAAUAAAAUGUGAUUAGUACUCUUAAAGAUAA